AUGGCCUCGUUUUUCCCGCUCAUCUCCGAGAUCUUGCCUAUGAUCAUGCCCGCCGCCACGCAUGUGACGCGGGCUGGGGAUCUGGAGCCCAAGCGUCCUACUGUUGAAGGUCCCGUUACUGUCAGAGCUGCCAUUGUGGACAAGUGCGAUAGAAUGUCUGCUACAGGUUAG